GCAUGGGCUCGUGCAAUGGCCAACCUAAGAGAGUAGUUACUUCUAAAAGAGAGAGUCUGACCACUUUUCAUAAGACUUAAGAAAUUUCUACAAUAAAAUCGAACAAAAGUCUUGUGAAAUAGAGAACAGAUUUUAGGGUUGCUCCCAGCAUAUUCGUGUCCUUAAAGAGUGGAGAUAUUUCUCAAUACUAUGAAAUAGAAUCUACUUUAGGGGAAGGUUGUAAGUUUUUUGAUAUCUUUGAAGGAACCUUUGGAAGAGUUAGUUUGGUUAGGUAAAAAUCGACCAAUAUAAGUCGCGCAAUGAAACAAAUAGCUAAAGACAAAAUCUUGGCCUGCCAACGAGAAAGGAUGAUUCAGGAAGUCAACAUUCUGAAAGAUCUUGAUCAUCCGAAUAUCGUGAAUAUUUUUGAGCUUUACUAAGAUGAACGCUACUAUUACUUGAUAACUGAGUAAAUAGAGAUGAUUAACCAAGAUAUUUAAGUGGAGGGGAGUUGUUUGAUAGAAUCUAAUAAAGGAACAAUCUAAAUGAGAGUAUGGCUGCAAAUUAUAUGAAAUAAAUAUUAAAUGCUGUGAAUUACUGUCAUCACAGAAACAUAGUUCAUAGGUAAUAUUGCACACAAUCAUUUAGGGAUUUGAAACCAGAAAACAUUCUAUUUGAUUAAAGAGGAUCUGAUUAGAUACUCAAAAUCAUUGAUUUUGGAACAGCCAAAUAGAUUCUGUCAAACACAAAAUUGAAAUAAAAAACUGGAACACCCUAUUUCAUAGCUCCUGAGGUUAUUGACUAAAACUACAACAGCAAAUGUGAUGUUUGGUCUUGUGGAGUAAUAUUGUACAUAAUGAUGUGUGGAAAACCACCAUUUAAAGGAAAUAAUGUGGAUGAAUUAUAUCGAAAUAUUAAAAAUGGGUAUGUAGAUUUUACUGGUAAUUUGCAAUAUAAUAGUGAUGUAUAGGUUCUGAAUGGCGUGAUGUUUCAUAAGAUGCUAAGUCUUUUAUCUCGAAACUCUUAGUUGUAGAUCCUGCCAAGAGAAUGUCAGCUGAGUAGGCUUUAAAGGAUACUUGGAUUGUGAGCAAUAAAAAAGUAGAAAAAAUCAAUGCUUAAAAUCUUGAAAAUCUUUCUUAAUUUCAUGUAUUUUGACUGCAUUCAUUUUUGUAGAAUAGUAGCAAAUUGUGUUCUGCUAUCUUGCAGCUGAUAUCAACACAGAUAAUGACUUAGAAGGAGAAGAAGGAAUUAAUCAAAGGAUUUAGUGCUAUCGACAAAAAUGGUGAUGGUACUUUAAGUAAGGAUGAAUUAAUUUAAUGUAAUACAAGCAAAUUUAAUUUAGGUUACAUGGACUUGUACCAAGAUGAAGUCAAGUGUAAUCAGAUAGUUAAUUAGAUCUUUAAACACUCUGAUGUGGAUUGUUCAGGAACAAUAGAAUACACAGGUAAUGACAUAAUAGUAAUAGUGAGAGUUCAUUGUAGCCUUUUCUGAGCUGCAGAAUUUGAUGGCUUAAGAGAAACUUUAACAAGCUUUUAAGCUAUUUGACAAGGACGGAAAUGGGACUAUAAGCAAAGGAGAACUUCAAGAGAUAUUUGGAGGAUUGGCUUUGAAUGAGAAUUAGUGGAACAGCAUAUUUUCUGAAUUGGACACUAAUGGAGAUGGAGUGGUGACUUUCUAAGAAUUCACUUAGUUAUUGAUGAAAGAUAGCAAUAAAUGA